AAAUACUGCUCGGAACUACGUUUCUUCGGAUGUUAUGUGAAGAUCAAUGUCUCUGUGGACUCGGUCGGUCAGCUCAUCCUGAUAUUUCAGAGAAAUGCCCGUAUUUACACGGCGCCACAGAUUGACUCCAGCGCACUGAAGCUCUCAUCGUCUCACCAUGACCUUCUUCAGCUCUUUAUUUGCCCUCCUCUUCAUCAGCAGGUUUCUGGAAAACUCUCUGCUCAGCGCCGAGGUGAAAGAGGGAGAGAUUCUUCCUCCGACCAUCCAGAAGCUGAUGAAAGGAUACAACAAAUACCUCCGGCCUUUCUUUGACAAUGGUCCCGUCACGGUGGGCAUGAGUUUAGACAUCGCCAGUAUUGAUACCAUUUCAGAGAUCAACAUGGACUACACCGCCACGAUCUUCCUCCGGCAGCGCUGGACAGACGAGCGGCUCGUGUUUGAAGGCAAUAAGAGCUUGAGUCUGGACGGGCGACUGGUGGAGCUGCUGUGGGUCCCAGACACCUUUAUAGUGGACUCCAAGAAGUCCUUCCUCCACGACAUCACCGUGGAGAACCGACUGAUCCGGAUCUUUCCCAACGGGACCGUUCUCUAUGCACUCCGGAUCACCACGACUGUGGCCUGUAACAUGGAUCUGACCAAAUAUCCCAUGGACAAACAGACAUGCACCUUACAACUGGAGAGCUGGGGUUAUAACAUCAAUGACGUGAUGUUUUACUGGGCGCGUGGGAACGACUCUGUGAGCGGUUUGGACACGCUGAAACUGGCUCAGUUCACCGUAGAAGAUCAUUACACCUCAGUGUCUGAGGCCGUAUAUGAGACAGGAAAUUAUCCCAAGCUGAUCUUUCAUUUCGAGCUGAAGAGGAGCAUCCUGUACUUCAUCCUGGAGACAUACGUGCCGUCCAGCCUGCUGGUGGUUCUGUCCUGGGUCUCUUUCUGGAUCAGCCAAUCAUCCGUCCCCGCUCGCAUCUGCAUAGGUGUUACGACCGUCCUGACAAUGACCACGCUGAUGAUGGGCGCGCGGACGUCUCUGCCCAAUGCCAACUGUUUCAUCAAGGCCAUCGAUGUGUACCUGGGCAUCUGCUUCAGCUUCAUCUUUGGAGCGCUGAUAGAGUAUGCCGUGGCCCACUUCUGCACGCUACAGCAUCCCGACUACAAGAACGCACUCAUGUACGGUCAUCACAUGCACGAGUGCGAGGAGAUGAACGGCAUCGUCACCACCAUCGCCAGCAAUUCUUCACGGCUAAAGCGGCGCAAAGACGCUCCAGCACCCGCGCCCACCGCCGCCGGAGAGCCUGGCCUCACACCCUCCAGCCCGACCGCCAGUGAACCCAAGACCGCCGAGGUCCCGUCGGAGCUCUUUAGCCGCUGUGCCAAAAACAUCUCCGUCCUGAGAAAGAUCCUGAGAUCCAUCAACUGCUGUCAUGUGGAAAACCCACAUUAUAUAGACAACUACUCGCGGUUAACCUUCCCACUGUCGUUCAUCAUCGUUAAUCUGCUCUACUGGACCUACUACCUGUACUUUUAACCAGCGCAUCGUGUUGAAUCAUUUCUGUGUGUUAGUAAGUACUACAGUGUGUGCGUGUGUGUCUGAAAGACCAGCAGAGACUCAACAGAGAAGGAGAAUAAUUAGGGUUGCACCGAUACUACAUUUCUUAGCAGAUACCAAUAGUUGAUUAUACAGAAUGAUGUUUGCCGUUACGAUAGCUGAUUAUUCAGAAUGAAAUUUGCUGAUACCGGUAAUAGAUAAUUUAGAAUGAUAUCUCUCAGUACUGAUUAUUCAGAAUGAUGUCUGCAGAUACCGAUAGCCGAUUAUUCAGAAUGAGAUCUGCUGAUACUAAUAUCCGAUUAUAUAGAAUGAUAUCUGCCGAUACCAAUAGUCAAUUAUUCCCGAAUUAUAUCUGCCAAUACCGAUUAUUCAGAAUGAUUUCUGCCGAUACCGAUUAUUCAGAAUGAGAUCUGCUGAUACUAAUAUCCAAUUAUAUAGAAUGAUAUCUGCCGAUACCAAUAGCCGAUUAUUCAGAAUGGUAUCUGCCAAUACCGAUACAAAUACUGAUAGGCAAUUAUUCAGAAUGAUAUCUGCUGAUGCUGAUACUAAUAUCCGAUUAUAUAGAAUAUAUAAUAUAUAAAGAAUAUAUGAUAUCUGCCGAUAAAAAUAGCCGAUUAUUCAGAAUGAUAUCUGCCAAUACCGAUACAAAUACUGAUAGCCAAUUAUUCAGAAUGAUAUCUGCCGAUACUGAUAGACGAUUAUUCAGAAUG